GGCAGAAAGGAAUUGAAAUACAUUUAAACCCCGACAUGUCAAGUGAAAGUGUCGAGACCAUCUUCCUGUUCGUACCGAACCUCAUAGAUUAUGGACGAGUUGUGUUUGCCUUUGCUGCGUUUUACUUCAUGCAAACAAACUAUCAGCUAGCAGCUUUCCUUUAUCUCCUCAGUGGAUUUUUGGAUUCAUUCGAUGGACAUGCUGCUCGAGUUUUGAAUCAAGGUAGCAAACUUGGCGCCAUGCUCGACCAACUGAUAGACCGAUUUACAACAAUGUGUCUUAUGGCAGCAUUGUGUUUCUUCUACCCAAAAUACAUGCUAUUUUUCCAGUUCAGCAUGACAGUUGACAUUGUCAGUCACUGGUUUCACUUACAAAGUUCGCUUAUGAAAGGUGCUGGUAGCCAUAAAGUUCUUGAUUUGUCAGCAAAUCCAAUUCUGCGCCAUUAUUAUCACAAUAAAAUCAUUCUCUUUCUGAUGUGUUCAGGCAAUGAACUUUUCUACUGCUUGUUGUACGUCAGAUAUUUCACAUCUGGACCAGCAGUAUUUGGAAGUAUUGGACUCGUGACUGCAUUGCUUUAUCCUUGUGGAUUGGUUGCUUUCCUGAAGACCAUUAUAAGCAUCCUCCAACUUUACAGUGCAAUGGCCAAUGUUGCUGCUAUUGAUGUUGCAGACCGUGCUGCCCUCAGGACUUCAGAAAAUAAUGCAAAGAAAAUAUCUUAAGCUUCUGGAAACUGAAAUAAAUGUAUAUUGAAUAGGUAUUUUAUGAAAGUUUGAUGCACACUCAAAAGUGUGUAUGUGAGAUAUAUAUAUAUACAUACACACAAACACACACACAUAUAUAUAUAUAAAUGUAUAUAGAUAUGUUUGUGAAUGAAUGUGUGUGUGUAUAUGUAUGUAUGUAUGCAUAUAUAUACAUAUUAUGAAUAGAUUCAAAUAUUUACAUACACAUUUCAUGUGUAGAUAUAUAUAUAUAUUUAUAUAUAUAUAUUACAUAUUUAGUUGAUGGUAUGCCUCAACAAAGAUCAUAUGCACUAUUGGGGAGCAAAAAAAAAGGAUUAAAUCUUGUGUGUGUUUGUGUGUGUGUGUGCAUGCGUGCGUGCAUGCAUUUUGAAUAUUGUUCUAUUAUGUCCAGUACUAAGUUUUCUCCCGGCUGGGAUUUGAGAUUCCAUCUGAAGACUGGUCUGCCACCAUGAAAUGCUGAGUAAUGGCCAUAAUGGUACAAUAGAUCAUCUUAAUAAAAUCUAUAUUAUUCCAAAACAACAUUCAGUAUUAUUGGCUUUGUUUCGACACAUUUCCAUUUACACCAUGAAUGCAUGCAUGCAUACACACACACACAUAUAUAUAUAUAUACAUAUAUAUAUAUAUACAUAUAUAUAUAUAUGAUAUAUAUAUAUAUUACAUGCACACACUCACACACGUCUAUGUAUGAUAUCAAUAUGUAAUUGAAUUUUCAAAGCACUGUACCGUUUUGUAAGAAAAUGUUUGAAUAUUUUUUUUUUAUUUGCUUCUGUUAAAACUAUUUAAAUUUAGUUAUUUAUUUUUAUUUUGUGUAUUAUGUUUUUCACUGGCUUUUGUUGUUAACUAAGCUUUUUCAGUUAAUUUGUAAGCUAUCAUAUUUAAAUAUUUUGGAGCUUCCAGCUUAAAUAUACUUCAAUAAAGCAAAACUGAAAAAAAAAAAAGAAAAAGAAGAAAAAAAUAUUGUUACACAUCAGUAAACACUCCGCCUGAUGUCUUCUUCUCCUCACAAUGAGAUUUAUAGUUUCUGAGUUACUUUUUCGUUACAUUUAAAAUCUCAUCUACUCAUUCUCAGUCAAAUGUUUAGAAUGUGUUUAACUUUAUAUAGUUUGUUCAUUGAACAAAAUUUAAAACACACUUCACUAAUUGUUAUUCAAAUUUAUUUUUUAAUGACCUUUUUUUUUCUUUUCAAUUUUCUUCAGAUAAUGAGGAUAUUUACAUAGAUUAAAUUCUUUAUGGACCUUGUGGAUUUGGUUUUAAUUGGAUGAUACCUAAUUAACUUUUAAUUUAAGCAAUUCAAUCACAAUAUUUCAAACGAAUUGAUCAAAGACAGAAAUUGAGAAAUACUUAAGAUUUUUAGUUUUCUUUUUCUUUUAGACUAUUUAAUUUAAAAAGAAAAAUAUUAUGUAAAAUAUUAAAUCUGAAGGUUAAAAAACAAAAAAAGCCUUCAUGUCUUUGGCUUACCCGUCCACUAGCAGCAUUAAUGUUUUUCAAGAAUGAAACUCUUAGAAAUCACCUCAAAGUUAUAAAUGAGCCAAAUAAUAACUUUACUUUUAAAACUUCACCAGUAAGCUGAUUCCUUUAAAUUCAUUAUUUCUUAAUAGAAAAAAAAAAUGUAAUUAGACAUAAAAGUGGGUUAAUAUCUUGGACAUUGUUUAUUAGAAUAUAGUGUGUUUGUUAAUUUAGUUUUUAUUAGGCUAUUGAAUGGAAACUUCCACUCUAGUUAUUUCAGUUGGUUUCAUGUUUAUGAUAACAAUUAUUCCAUUUAAUUUAAUUUUACAUAAGCUUAAGAACUUUUAACGAAGCUACAAGAAAUACGGAAUAAAAUGUUUAACCUGAUUUUAGACAGUUUCUUUUACAGUAAAUUUUAAAAGAGAUCUAUAUUAAAACCAUUUGAUAUUGUAGAACUUCAAAGAUUUUUUCGUAUGCACAUCAUUGCAAAAUAUUUUUGCAUUUUCAAAAUCUGAAUGACUACUCAUUAUUGCAAAGAGCAAACCUCUCUCUCUCUCUAUCUAUCUAUCUCACCCUCCCAUAUUUCGUUACAGAAGCUACUUUUGCAAUGAGUGUUCAACAUUAUCUCAAAAUGGUUGAAAAAGUAACAAGUAAAUAAUUAUUCCAUACUUAUAUAGCAUUUAAAAUAUUUCCUGUUUGAAUUUUUCACAUGCAUUGCUUGUGGCAUUUGGUAUAAGCUCUCAUGCGAAACUUCAUGUUUAAAAAGAAAAAUUAUGUAAAAAGAAAAAAAAAACAUUGUUAUUUUAAUACAUUCAGGUUUUAUUCUACUUUUAAAUAACAUGAAUUCAUGUCUAUAUUGUCUAUAAAGUUCUAAAAUAAUUGUUCUUGUUAUCACUUGAAAUCAGGUGUAAUUGUUAUAUAAUGGAAGAUAAAUAAAAUCAAUGGCAAUAGAAUUCGAGGUUUAUUCAGUUUUUCUUAUGAAUCCAGGGAGUGAGAGUGCUGAAGUAAGUACGCUCUGAUUUUGGAUUGCUCUGCGACAUUCCACCAACAUUUGAAUAAUAAUAAUUAUAUUGUUCAUUUGUAUAUCAAAAACAGAUAGAAGCUUUGAAUUGAUAAAUGCAAUAGCUCUAUACAAGAAAUUUGAGUGAGUGUGUGCAUGUGCAUGAAAAUAUAUAUACGUGUGAGUAUGUGUGUUUGUGUGUGUGUAUAUAUAUGUAUGUAUAUAUAUAUAUGUGUAUAUAUUAUCAAGGCAGCUAGGUAGCAGAAUCAUUCACACCAGAUAAAAUGCAUAGUGGCAUUUCUUCCAGUUUAAUGUUUUGAGUUCAAAUUCUGCCAAGGUGAACUUAGCCAUUCAUCUUUUGGGGGUUGAUAAAAUAAGUACCAAUUGAGUACUGAGGUCAAUAUAAUCAACUUGCACCCCUCAAAAUUACUGGCCUUGUGCCAAAAAUUAGAAAGGAUUAUUUUCUAGCUUUACAUUCUGAAUUCAGGUUCCGUUGAGACCGACUUGACCUUUCAUCCCUUAAGAGGGGGUCAAUACAACAAGUACCAGUUAAGCAAUGGGGUCAAUGCACUCUGCUAGCUCCUCCCCACAAAACAUUUCUGGCCUUUCGUGUAUAGUAGAAAGGAUGAUUAUUAUUAUUAUUAAUUUUUUUAUUUUUUUUAUUUUUAGGCUUUUACAAAGCUAAUUUAUGUUUUUAACGAUGCAUUUUCUCUGAUUAACAAUUGACUGAAAAGUUAAUUAUUUUCUAAUUAUCCUUAAAAAAACCCAUUAGUGUUGUUAUUUUUGUUUGUUCUUUGUUUUUGUUUCACAUCUUUAUGAUGAAUUAUUAAAGAGAAAGAAAGUUCAAGAGAUUGACCUACACACAUUUAGCUACGGAUGGCAUCAUUCCUCAGAUAUGUUUGAAAUGUAUGAUAAAGCCAAGUUAUUUACAUUCAUAUUAAAGAAUCUAAACAAAAUUGAAGUAAUUUGACGAAGUACUUCAAAGCAAUUGUUUGUAGAGAAGAAGAGAAAAUGCACUUGUGAUUUCUUUUGUUUUUAAAUAUUUAUUUAAUGAACCCAAAUGACAUUUGGAAAUUUGAAAGUUUUUAUGUGCAUUUAAGAAUUUUUCAUAAUGCCUAAUAUAAUGAACCAAUUGUGAGGCUAGCCAUAUUUACAUAGUAAAUAGACACAUAUACUUACAUAGUAUAUACAUAAUGUGUAUUUAGUGAGGUUAGAUAUUGCACUUAGUAUCAGUGAUUACAAUUUCUUAGAAUUUGCCAUCUAAAUGUUUGAACAAAUAUCAUUUGCUUAUAUAAUAAUUAGGCUACCGUGUAAAACCAUGACAAUAAAUAUCUUUUCCAAGAUCAA